AUGUUUUAAAUGUUUUUUGUGUUUGGCCACAUUCCAUGCGUAUUUCUGUACCAGAUCCUAUGCAUGACGUUGUUCAUAAACUACCAUCAAUCUGUUGCUGUCAGCCUGGCAUAUGCUGAAUUACAGCUAUAACUUUGACACAUGGCCCUGAAUUAGAUAUAUCCUUUGCUCAGUGGAUCUCAGGGAGCUAUAAUUCUUCCCAUGGACUUUGACAGUCGCCCCCUAAAACUGUGAAAGUAAAAUUUAAUGACGCUUGAUGAGAGCAGUUUUGAACUUUCAGAUUUCUGCAUGCACUAUUCCUUACCCUAAUUGUUGGGGAGUGUGUGUUCAUUUGGAGGUUGGGGCCCCAGAGGGAUGUACAGGACAAGAACAACACUGUUAUUCAUAGGCAUUAGUUAAUUUACUCACGUCUGCUAUUUUGAUCCCAGAAUGCUUGAAACAGGAAACCGUCUUUGGUGGACUUCCUGGUGUUCCCUCAACCAGAGUUAUCUGGCCAAUAGGGUUAGAGAACAGUGAGUCACAUGAUCCGAGUCGAUACUGUGUUUCUGUCACUCCACUGACACAACAUACCUGUCUUGUUAAAAGGAGAGACUAGUGUCUGGGAGAGAAAGCCUUUUGUAGCAUUCACUCAGUAGGAAAGAAGCCACAGGUAAAGCAUUCCUGGUCCAGCAGUUUCCCAGCUGUGAGUCUCAGAGCCAUGAAGAAGACUGUGGUAUACACCCACGUGCCUGGCAAGGAGAAAGAAGUUGAUAUUAUCAACAUCAAGGGCAUCGAGGAUAUAGGAUAUGUCCAGCAGGAACCUAUACUCCUGAACUCACUCACACCAGAGCAGAACACACGAUGCCAGCACGGACUGUACUUCCAGGACGGCGAGAGGAGAGUGGACUACAUCCUUUCCUACCAGGUCAAAAAGCCCCACAGCUCGCAUCGCCAGGCCUCCCGCCUCACAGACAACGCCCUCACACGCAGCCUGCGACGCGGCAGGGCACAUGCGCCCUCGUCCUCCUCGUCUGGCACCCGCGGAGGAGGUGACCUCGAGGCUGGAUCCCAGGACCAGAACCAGGACUGCCAUGAGGAUGAUAAGAGGGUCAGGAGAGAAGAGUUUGAAGGCAACCUGAGAGAAAUGGGUCUGGAGCUGGAGAAGGAGGAGGAUAGCAGGACUCCUGGUAUUGGCUUUGUGAAGAUCCAUGCUCCUUGGAACAUCUUGUGUCGCGAGGCGGAAUUCAUGAAGCUAAAGAUGCCCACGAAAAAAGUGUAUGAGAUAAAGCAAGGCAGCAGUGUGUUGGAGAAGAUCAACACGUUGAUCAGCAAGGCCUCUGAACCUCUACACCCCAAUGUAGACGAGACCCAGACACACAACAUCAAGCACCUGUCCUACACCUUCUCCAGGGAAAAGCAACACCUGUUUGAUCUGUCCGACAGAGACUCCUUCUUUGACAGUAAAACAAGAAGUUCCAUUGUUUUUGAAGUAUUAAAACGUACAAAAUGCACCAAGGCCAAGUAUAGUAUGGGCAUCACCAGUCUGCUAGGCCGCGGAGUCUACACUGCAGCUUACCCUCUGCAUGAUGGAGAUAUAGAAGGAGAUGCAGAGCCCAAUGACAGGAAGCUCUUGUAUGAGGAGUGGGCCAGUUACAGUGUCUUUUACAAGUACCAGCCCAUCGGCCUGGUCAGGAAGUAUUUUGGGGAGAAGAUCGGCCUGUACUUUGCCUGGCUGGGCCUCUACACCCAGAUGCUGAUUCCCGCCUCUGUGGUUGGUGUCAUUGUCUUCCUGUACGGCUGUGCCACCGUCGACGACAACAUUCCCAGCAUGGAGAUCUGCCACAGUAACAACAACAUCACCAUGUGCCCACUGUGUGAUCAGGUGUGCAGCUACUGGGACCUGAGCACAGCCUGUGCCACAGCCAGGGCCAGCCAUCUCUUCGACAACCCUGCCACUGUCUUCUUCUCCAUCUUCAUGGCUCUCUGGGCAGCCAUGUUUAUGGAGCACUGGAAGAGGAGGCAGAUGAGGCUGAACUAUGAGUGGGACCUGACGGGCUUCGAGGAAGAGGAGGACCACCCACGGGCUGAGUAUGAGUUCUGUGUCAUGCAGAAGUCUCUGAGGAAAGAACAUCAAACACAGAAGAAGUCCUGUGAGGUAGCUGAGGACCCAACAAACAAAUGGAAGCAGACAGUUCAGUCUGCCAUGGCAGGGCUGAAGCGGGCAGAGAAGGAGAAGCUAACGUGCAGAGACCGCUUUCCCGCCUACAUGACCAACAUUGUCAUGAUGCUUCUAAUGAUAGGGGUUACCUUUGCGAUCGUGUUCGGAGUGAUCCUGUAUCGUAUCUCCACCACGGCAGCACUUCAGAUCAGCCCCAACCCCAUCACGCGGUCCAAUGUGCGUCUGACCGUCAAGACCACAGCAGCCAUCAUCAACCUAGUGGUCAUCCUCAUCCUGGACGAGGUCUACGGAGCUGUCGCCCGCUGGCUCACUGUGCUAGAGGUUCCAAAAACAGAUAAGAGCUUUGAGGAAAGGCUGAUCUUCAAAACCUUCAUUCUGAAGUUUGUCAACGCCUUCACCCCAAUCAUAUACAUUGCUUUCUUCAGAGGCAGGCUGGUUGGUCGCCCUGGGAGUUACCUUUAUGUGUUUGAAUCUUACCGUAUGGAGGAGUGUGCUCACGGAGGCUGUCUGAUGGAGCUGUGUAUUCAGCUCAGUAUCACCAUGUUGGGAAAACAGCUCAUACAGAACAAUUUGUUUGAGAUCGGCAUCCCCAAGCUGAAGAAGCUGAUCAGGUACAUCAAGUCCAAAAGGACAGCCUUUCAGGAGGAGGAGAGGGAGACGAGGCUGCAACGCUAUGAGACAGACAACUUCCUGGAGCCCUUUGCUGGCCUCACCCCGGAGUACAUGGAGAUGCUGAUCCAGUUUGGCUUUGUGACUCUGUUUGUGGCGUCCUUCCCUCUCGCGCCUCUCUUCGCUCUGCUCAACAACAUCAUCGAGAUCCGCCUCGACGCCAAGAAGUUUGUGGCCGAGUUGAGGAGACCGGUAGCGGCCCGGGCCAAAGACAUUGGUAUAUGGUACAACAUCCUCAGAGGGGUGGCCAAAGUAGCCGUCAUCAUUAACGCAUUUGUGAUCUCAUUCACCUCAGACUUCAUCCCUAGGCUGGUGUACCAGUAUAUGUACAGUCCAGAUGGCUCCAUGCAUGGGUUCGUAAACCACACACUCUCCUACUUCAACGUCAGCCACUUCCAGGAAGGCAAGGAGCCCAGUGACCCAGAGAAUCACCAAGUGUAUAUCUGCAGGUAUAAAGACUACAGAGACCCCCCAUGGUCCUCCACACCUUAUGAGAUCUCCAAAGAGUUCUGGGCCGUGUUGGCAGUCAGACUGGCUUUCGUCAUCGUCUUCCAGAACGUGGUGAUGUUGAUGAGUGACAUUGUGGACUGGCUGAUACCAGACAUCCCCAAGGACAUCAGCCUCCAGAUCCACAAGGAGAAGAUCCUGAUGGUGGAGCUCUUCAUGAGGGAGGAGCAGGGCAAGAUGCAGGUGCUGGAAUGCAUGACCCCUAGUGGCAGGAAGGACAAUGGCAGCAACAACCACAGUCCCCAGCCCCGCCCACGCUCCUUCCCACACAGCAACACUAAUAACUUCUAGUGGUUAGCUAGCAUGUUAACUUUUUAGCUAGGCAGUUAGUUAGCUUGUUAGCUUAACAGCUUAUUAGCUUGACAGCUAUCUAGCGUGUUAGCUAGACAGCUAGCUAGCAGAGGUUUCCAUCUUAAGCUCUGCGUCCUUAUCCUUGUCCAGACAUUCCAGUGAAUGGGAGAGGUGCUCCAACAGGGGAGUUGAGGGUGAUAUAGGAGAGCCUGUCCCAGUGCACAAUGCCUUUUUUGUCAAUAAACUUUUCCAUGAGUUACUAACUGCCAAGCUAAGGCCCAGUUUAUACAUCUUUGCCUUUGAGGUCUAUCAUCAGGUUUUUCAUCAGAGUGGUGGACCAUGUUCUAAGCAGGGGGGUGAACAAAAAGAGAGAGAAUGGUUGUUUCCACUUUCUUUUGCACAAUGUCAUUAUGAAUACUUUUUUAACAAUAUGUCUGGCAUCAAAGGUAUUUCUAUAUGUUGUUUAUUCUUCUCUUUAAGAAUAGUAAAGAGAGUUCUCUUUAUACAGUACAUUUUACAUGAGACCUUUUUAGUAGCAACUUACAGUCACUGUGCAAAUAAACAUGUUCAGGCUUAUCUUUUUAGUCAUUUUUUUAAAUCAAGUUUAAUGCUUUUAGUCAAGUUUAAUGCAAAGUUUUUCUUCAUGUAGCUAAUUUGUUCUGACAAUUUCUUUUUCUUUCUAUAUGUUUUAUGAUUUGGGAUAAAAACAUUUUUUCUCUUGCAUCAAAUUGAUGAAAUCAUAAAAGGGGAUUAUAAAAGUUUGUGCAUAGAACAAAUUAUAGAUGGUUCUUUAUCUUAAUGGGUGAAAGUUUUUUUGUAUGUCAUUGAUAGCCUAUAUGAAUGUCCUAAUAAAUCUACCAAGCCAAUUUAGUAAAGUAGCAUCAAAACAGCUCCUGUAAAUGUCUUUAUAGUUGAAUAAUUGUGUUUUAUAGCAUCAUGGUCUCCAGUAUUCUGCACUGAUCUAACACUUCCUGGCCAAAGUUUUCAGUGUUUUGCCAAAUCCAAAUCCACAGACUCAAAUCAUGUUCAUGUUGUCUCAUUUCAUCCAUGUGUUCUUAAACCCAUACAAUCAUAGAAAAGUAUUUGCAUUAAAUAAGUCAGCUGUUUAUUGUUGUUUACUCAGCAACACCCUGAGUAAUGAGCUCAGAGCGAAGAAAUCCAUGAAGAUUUUCCAUGCGAGAAACUAGGCUACAGCCUGACCAUGUGAGCCUCCAUCUAAGUCUGCCAUAACACUUCCAGUGUCUCUCUAAGCUUCCAAGCCAAUGAGAAUAUUAUUUCACAUAAUGGAGUAAAGGAAAUUUAAAAGUGUUCUUUUAAACUGUAUAUUGUUUACACAUUAGCUUCUGUUCACUGGAUGCUUCAGUUACAUUUCUCAUUUAUACUAUCUUCAGAGGACAAGAACUCAGAUUCUUUAAAAUGUCAAAACUUAUGUAUUCAUAAGUGAACAUAAUUUCAUAGCAGCAUAUCUUACCAUAUCAACUAUAUGUUGUAAUUGUUUCGGACAUAUUCUGCCUAUUCUUUUUUGAUGUGAUGUUGCCUAAAAAAUAUAUAAUAAUUAAAUUGAAUGUAAACCA